AUGAUUACUCUUACUUCGUCAGACACAUUUGACUUCAUUAGAACAUUGCGAAUGGCUGGAUAUGGACUGCUUGUUUCGGGGCCCUCAUUGCACUUGUGGUUUGGUUUUGUCUCAAAGGUUCUACCUAAAAGGGACAUAUUGAGCACAUUGAAGAAAAUUGUUUUGGGACAAACAGUUUAUGGCCCCAUUAUAACGGCUGUUUUCUUCUCUAUGAAUGCAGGCCUGCAAGGUGAAAGUGGCCAAGAAAUAGUGGCCAGGUUGGAGCGUGAUAUGUUUCCUACUCUUAUUAAUGGAGUUGUGUACUGGCCAAUGUGUGAUUUCAUCACAUUCAAAUUUAUUCCAGUUCAUUUGCAGCCUCUGGUGAGCAAUUCCUUCUCAUUCAUUUGGUCAAUAUAUCUCACUUACAUGGCUGGCUUGAAAAAAGUUAGUGCAGAGAAGAGCACAGCUGAUUGAGAAUACCAGCAUCUAAACCCAGAUUUUUUGCAUGCUUGGGUAUUGGAUGUCUUGAUUAAUUUAUUGGGUUUUCCCAGUACUUGCUUGUAAAGUAUGUUCUGAAUCAGAAAAUAUGAAGUAGCUUGAUCUCUAUGA